CUAAUACUGUCUUCUAAUUCUCCAGUAACAGCUUCAACGUGCAAAGAGAUUUAUGAAAAAAACAUGUAAGUAUAAAAGAUACAUCAUUCUAACUCCGUUAAUUAACACAUAUCUCCAUUUACAAACGCACAAUACCCAACUUCCGUAAAACUGUUGGCAGUAUAUCAGGUAUUCCGCACACCUAUCCAAACUCUGAACAUAACGAAGUUCCCAAGAAAAAAGCGAGAAAAGUAAGGAAGUUUUGUAAUAACUCUUGCAACUGAUUUAAAGCGAACAAAAUUGCAAAUAUUUUUUAAUCAGUGACGUACAAAUUUGAAAAGGUAAAUAGUAAGAAGGAAACAAAGGUUGAAAGUAACAAAUGAAUACAGCGACCACUGGUUUAGUAUAAAGAAAUUUUGCAGACAUAGGAAACUACCACAAUGCAGCAAAAAUUGAACAUAAGGAGAUGGUGUACGUAAGCAACAGAUCAAGAAACAAACUCCGAUCUGGGAUUGGUACUAUAAAAGUAACAGACUGAACAAAAGAAGAAAAUUUACAGUACUUGUAUGGAGCGUCGAGUUUACCGAUGACGACGUUAUUUGUUAUUCUUAGAUUAUCCAAGGACCGUGUUGGACUUUGAGACAGCGUUUCAAAUUAUCCUAGCGAUUUAUAUGUAAUAAAAUUCUUCCUCUCGAUAAAAAUGGCCAAAUGUCUUGAUUUGAGUUUGCCAAUGAAAUUGUACUUUUCACCAGGUCCAAAGCAAACAAAACGCACCUGCUGGAUGAUGGAUGCAGAAAGAUUCCCGUAUAUUGUCACAUGACCAGUCAAGGGCUUGAUGCAUGCGGAGGAGGUGGAUGGACCCUGGUCAUGAAGAUCGAUGGCUCAAAGGUGUUUAAAGAUCAAUGUUUUCACAUCUAGCUUGGUUUUUCAUCACCUAAUUUCCAUUCUAAAGACAAAAUUACAGUGCAAGUCCAGAGUCAAGCUAAAGGGGUAGGACAGGAAAUCUGGUGAGGUUAGGUCUAAAAAUUGUUGGAUCAAUGAUGUAUCAACUCACUGUAAGCAGUAACAGACAAAGUAUGAGUAGGAUAAUAUGAGAUUGACAUAAUAAGGACUUACAGAGUUCAUUGCUGUUUUUUGUGUUCGCAGAAAACAUUUCACUACAAUUCUAAACUGUGGAGCAACACAGUCGACUUCAACCUUCCAGGAGGGAAGACUGGGUUGGACAAUCACGAGACCAAGUUACCGACUUAUUGGAACACACCGUUCAACAAGAUCUGUCUUGGAAUGAAGAUCGGACAGCAGUUCAAGUCUGUUGUCAUCAACCAUCAAGCCAGAUCCCUGUAUUCACUGAUCGCAGAUGGCAAAUACCGAGCUACUUCACUGGGCCGUAACACGUGGAAGAAGCUUAUUGGGUCUCGGGCCUCUUUACAAACCAACUGUAACAAGGAAGGAUUCAAUGUAGUUUGUACCUACAAGGACUGGUCUAAAGCAAGGAUUGGUAUCCUUGGGAACAACGAGAAAGACUGCAGCACCUGUAACUCCAGGAUUGGGUUUGGCACUGGAGGACACCAUGAUGACUCGAACACGUGUGGCAACGAAGCUACACCCGCGCCAGAUAAUAGCUACCAGCACAUCAAGCUAUGGGAUACAUCUUGGUUCACUAAGUUCUGCAGUACGCAGAAAAAAACUUCGAACGGCCUUAAAAUGCAACUAAGAAAUUGUUUAUUCUUGUCAAAAAGCGGUUAAAAAUUGACUGUAGGAUGACGGAUUUGUAAGAAUGAGAUGAAAUAAAAUCCUUAAUGGAAAAGGCCAGAAAGUUUCUUUCUUUAUUAUGCUUCAGUCUCUGUAUCACUUGGAGUAAACAAGUAUCGUCUCUGGUCACAAAAACUCGCGCACGUACAUUUUUGCUAGACUGAGAACAGUCUCUUCACUUUCUUUUUGAGUCACAGAAGAUGGAGAGCAGGGGUGAGCGGCGAAGUCGUGAGGAACGAGGGCGGAAGCCCGUGCCAAGAGUAAAAAGGAGUCUCUCUGCCCAAGCUCUGCCCCAAUUUCUCCUGCUUUUUAACAUGAUUUGCAUAAUUUCGCUCGCCGCGCGUGUCUCUGAGGAAAGAAGUACGAUCGCUUAGGGUCUAGUCUUUGUUUGAAUUAUUUCAUUGUUCUCAAACGCAACUGAGUGACGCCACUAUCCUUUCUCCUUAUCAAUCACACUAUCGUCAAGGAAACACCAUUAGCUUCCCUAAGCAGUGGUACGCCUAGCAGUUUUGCGCUCCUCAACAAAAUAUACCCACAAAAAAUUAUAUAGAUGACUUUCAUGUUCAUAUUCUUAAAUAACCUUUACAAAGGCCGGUUCUAAAAACGUGAACUGGUCGAAACACGUUGAAAAAAGAAAAACAAAUUUGCACCAAGGGACCAAUGUUUUCCUAUACUUUUCGCUUACUGUUCAUUGUAACUUCAAAAAAACCCAGAAAAUUCACGCCAGUUUAUCCUUAAGAAUUGUUUCAAGGAAUUUUGAGAAUUUCUCAAUUUGAAUCUGUUUGCCGUUUGUCGUAAACUCUAAAUCCCUGUAAUGUUAAACUCUUUGGACAUGAGGCGAAUCACCAGCAGCAGCUGUGUAUGGGGACUUGGAUCUCUACACUGGGAAUAACCACAUUGUUACACUUAGCGCGAGAUUAAGCUCAGUCACAAUCGCAAAAAGCAACAGUGGUAAAAAUUAACAUUCCUUCGGCUUAGUUAACUUCUGAUAUCAUAAGCUGCUUUAUACUAAAAAUACAGAUUCAUGAACGCAGUCUUUACACAUCGAAUUUUACAAAGAGAAUGUUUCUUCGGACAGACCAUCAAUCCCACAAGUUUUCAUGCUUAUUGUCAUUAACCAUUUGAAAAGACUGUACAAAUAAAUCAUGCUAUCAUAUGCGACUGUUUCACGAACAAAAAUCAUUAGUUGGAAAAUACUGCACAGUUCAACAGCAAAUAACACACGAAUUGCACAUAUUCACUGUGAUAGUUAUCCGGCCUCUGAAAGCUAUUCUUUGCAUACCUAGGAGUAAAAGAGCCAAAUUAAAUGUCUAAAUCGGUACUCGCGGUCCAAACUGUUCACAUUGACCAUUUUUAUAUUGCCCAUUAAACACCCUUCAGUCUACAAAGUUUUGCAUAUUAACCGUUGUUUUCCAUUUUUCCUGGGUAUAACAGACGUCCAAGGGAAAUAGAAGACAAUCCUUACGCAAACUUUGAGAACGUACAGCUAGGUGUAUUAUGGGUAAUGUGAAAUUAUCAGCAAAACAACUGAAUUUCAGAGAGCUAUAAAAAAUAAAAGCAUAUUUAUGAUAAAAUCAGAAAAAAAGAUAACAUUAAAUAGAUAAAUAAGAAACACAACCUCUAUAGUUUACUUAGUCGCAUCUCUUUCCUCCACAUAAACGAAUAUCAGGAGAAAAUAUUUCUCCGCAAAUCUAUUCACGCUUUUUUUAAACGAUUACACUGAACGUACGAAAACACCCGGUAAUUCGCACACAGAGUUAAGCAACAUUGAAUUGAUCACCUUCUUGGUUAUCCUGGCUCCAGAGGUCACGCGAGCAAUCUCUCGGGGAGACAGGGGCUCGGGGGAAAAGAAGAGUUUCUCCUUACCCUCCCCUCCCUACUCUGCUCCCGCACACAAAUGUCUGAUGUAUCCUUAGCCAGACAUCCAUGUAGUGAUUAAAUAGCAAGCCAUAAAUUCAUCAAAGAAACUCUUACUUACAACAAAAAACAUAACGAAGUUAAAAAAAACUUGUCUAAAAGAAGGAAUAAUUUGAAAAUAAUUCACGACUUAAGCUGUAAACGGUCGAGACCCUUAACUUCCGUAUUUCCAAUGCGUUAAGUCAAUUACAUUCUAUGAAUUUCCUGCUUUGUCUUUAUACGUAAAGAAACUGAGGCACGGCUAUAAACAGCCGUCUGCUACAGACAAAAUUAUACAGAAGCACGGUGUGUGCCUUCAAGCACAAUUUUCGUCUACUUUUAUAAGUUACUCCCAAAGAAUUUGAGAGCUUUUCAUGAACAUUACUACAAAUUUAGCAUUCAAACUGCCAGCGCUUAUCGGUGAGAUCUCACCGGCGUCAUUUUAAACGGAUACGAUGAACCAAGUAAUUAAUUAAUUAAUUAAUAUUUCGACUGGAAAAUUUUCUUGUCUUCUAUACGAGUCAAAACUAAGCUAAAAAAAGAGACUCAGCAUUGCGGAGUACAAGUAUUCCGGUUCAAGGAACAUUACAGAAUAUUGUAGUUUACUCGAUAACAAACGCUUCAAUACAGCAAACUUUAAUCGAAAGAUGAGAUUUUGGUUCAUUUUAGCUUUUUCUCUGUUGCUCACAGCAAACGCAACGAAUGGAACGAAAAGUACCGAUGGCAAAUCAUUUGUCUGCAACCAGUACAACGGACAUAACUCUGAAACAAACCAAGCAAUCAAGAAAAUCGACAAAAAACUGGAUCAGAUAAUUGAAAUGCUACAGCCUUCUCCUAAUACCGGUAAGAAAUUCUUUGAACAGCGUUUUGUGAUGAAUUUAUUAUGAAAUAGUUCGAGACUUCAGGAGUGAUAAACCUGAAUACAAACCAUGAAAAAAUAUCUCAUAUCUCAAAGUGUUUCUUACGGAAUGGUGUGGAAAGUCUUCUUUUUACAAAUAACACGCUUUAUAUCCUUUUAUUUUCGGUCUCACAGCUUCAACGUGCAAGGAAAUCUAUACCAAGAACUUGUAAGUAUAUACGUCUACAAACAGUCAACAAAAACUUCCAAAAAAACGAAUUGGUCCCAGAAUAAAAGUUCGUAUCGGUAAAUUUAUGUAACUAAGGUAAAGGCAAUCUAAAGAAUGCUUAAAUUCUAUGGAAAAUUAUUAUUGUGGGUUUCAUUUGAUGUAGGCAAACAUUGCAGCGCUAAAAGCCCUUAAAACACUAAACCUUGAACUGAUUUAGGUUAGAUCUUUAAAAAAAAGACUGGCCUUUAUGGUCACAAAAGAAAAACACAGAGAAUUGCUUCUGAAUAUUCUUCAGUAUUUUAGAAAAUAAAAAGUGAAAAGUGGUGCACAAAUGGUUACAAGUAAACUAAAAUACCGAUAAGAAAAUGGUAAGAAAAUAAUAAGAAGAUAAGAAUAAAAAAGAAUUAAAAUUAAAUAGAAAACUCAGACAAUUUACGAAACACUCAAGCUGGAAAGAUAGUUUAUGAAUCACUAACUUAAGAGGAUUGAACAGUUAUCAUAUAUAUGGCGGUAACGAAAAGUCCUUCUUAUCGAUAAAGUCAGUAAAAACAACACUACUCGAUAUUUUUAUAAGAUUAUUCAACUUCGACCAAACAUUGCUUAUCUGAUAAGACAAAUUUCUUUUAGGAGAAUUCUGAUUUUCCAUCGCGUCCUAACUUUAACAGAAACAAACAAACAAACAAGCUGGGAGUAAUCAGUAAAGUGGUAUGUUUUAACAGGUCCAGUGAAAAUAAAGCGUAUUUGCUUGAUGUUGGAUCUGCAAAGAUUCCCGUAUAUUGUCACAUGACCAAGCAUGGUCUUGAUGCAUGCGGAGGAGGUGGAUGGACACUGGUCAUGAAGAUCGAUGGCUCAAAGGUAUUACAAGUUAAAUGUUUUCACAAGCUGUCACGUUUGUCAUCACCUAAUUCCCAAUACAAAGGUAAAGCAACAAUGUAAGUCAGAAGUCCAUGUCAAAUGAAAGAAAGGGAAUACGGUACGUACGUGUAGUGUAGGUUUAAAAAGUUUUAGCUCAAUUGACUGUAAGUAGUAACAGACAAAGUAUGAAGAGAAUAAUAAGUGAGGACUUCGCAACAAGACCAGUGAAAACCGAGGCGAGACUGUAUCAUAUUUCUCAAACAGAUAAAACAGCUGGUAGUAACAGCUGAUAGUACUCUUUAUGAAUAAGUUAACUGAUUUUUUUUUUUUUUUCAGAAAACAUUUCACUACAAUUCUAAACUAUGGAGCAACAAAGUCGACUUCAACCUUCCAGGAGGGAAAAAUGGGUUGGACAAUCACGAGACCAAGUUACCGACUUAUUGGAACACACCGUUUAACAAGAUCUGUCUUGGAAUGAAGAUAGGUCAGCAGUUCAAGUCUGUUGUCAUCAACCAUCAAGCCAGAUCCCUGUAUUCACUGAUCGCAGAUGGCAAAUACCGAGCUACUUCACUGGGCCGUAACAAAACGUGGAAGAAGCUCAUUGGGUCUCGGGCCUCUUUACAACCCAACUGUAACAAGGAAGGAUUCAACGUUCUAGGCACGUAUAGCAACCACUCUAAAGCAAGAAUUGGUAUCGUUGCUAACAAUCAAAAUGUCUGUAACAGCUGCGACUCCAGAAUCGGGUUUGGCACUAGAGGGCUUUUCGAUGACUCCAACACGUGUGGUAACGAAGCUACUUGUGGUGGAGAUAAUGGCGACCAGCACAUCAAAGCGAUGGGAUACAUCUUGGUCCAAUAAACGGCCUUCAAAUCCAACUAACAAACUAUUGAUUGUUGUUGAUUACCGUUUCAAAAGUUAUUCCAUUAAGGGGUUUGUAAAAAUGAGAUGAAAUAAAAUCCUGUAUUGAAAAGGCUUUUCUCUAUCAUUUGGAUUAAAAAAGUACCGUCUCAGGCCAAAAACUUAAUCAGGACACGAAGGUUUAUAGAAACUCGGCUUAAGACCCAACAGAAAGCGUUGAAGGUGUGAUUGUUGCAAACCUCGUAUCAACCAGCGCCUGUUAUAAGGUAACAGACUUGAGCCGCAACCAGUUCCCAGGUUGAUACCUUUGGAGAACGUUUUUAGAGAGCAAGGACGAAUUUUUAUGUUUUCAAAAGCACCAUCGAGUUUGGGGCAGAAGGUAUCAAAAUUCAGAACGAAGGAAUAUGCUUUUCAAGCAUCGUCUCAGAUCAAAACUGACUCUAUCAAGAUACUGAGCGCGGAACGAAGUGUUAUAGACACUGCUCAAGCGCUAUUAAACGCUUUAUGUAUAACUUUUGUCUUAUUUGUAUCAACGUCAUGAAAUAAUGUUUACUUUUUGUUUCGUAAAUUAUUUAAGACCACAACUGGUUUUCACGUUAAUACUUUUUACACAAGGAAGCACUAGAAAAAAAUAACGAAAAAAGAAAGGAAGGAAGGAGAAUACAAACCAAGACUUCUAAAGAGUAAAAUUAAGGUAUGGACCAGCGGCCGAAAGUGCAUUUUCCUUGAACUUAGACUUCACUUUACUUUAUGCAGGAAAAAAGAUAUAGAAGUAUAGGCCAAAUCUAAAAGGAGCAUAACAACUUAAGACUUUUUAGGUUUGCAACUCUAAAAUCUGCUAACAAUAAACACUCUUUUAAAUAAAAUUUCCUUUGCGGCCAGCAAUACGCAAUUUUCUCGACGACCUUAUGCGACCGCAAGUACCGAAAUGUAUUUAGUAUUUACUAUCACAUUUAAUGAGAAUGUCAACAUAUUUGACAGCUUGUCAAAAAAUAAAACUAAUUGUUAAUUAUCCAACUGAAAAAUUUUCUGGUCUCCAACACAAGUCCACUAUCCUGAGAUGAACAAAUAGAGACUAUCUUAGAGGAAUAUUAAAUUCAUCCAGUUUCAUUUGGCUUCCAAAAUGGAAUCUUGGCUUUUUGCAGCGUUUUUCGUGUUUCUGGUCGCAUACGUAGCUUAUGGGGCAAAAAUUACAAACAGCACGAAUAACGUUCACGCCCAAACAGACGAAGAAACAAUUGUGUGCAAUCAGUACAUUGGAACGGACGCGAGAACCAGCGAAGCUAUCAAGAACUUGGAUGAAAAGCUGGAUCAGAUAAUCAAACUACUACAGCCUUCUCCUAAUCCAAGUGAGAAUUGCUUACACAAAGAAAAUUAUCCUCCGUUCAGAAAAACAGUUUCUUGCUUGACUACAGGCAGAAUAAUGAAAUGAAGUAUACAAAAGUAAGUCUCGAAAAAUUUCUUAGUUUAUUUUCUUUUUGGCCGAUUGCCAUUUAGAGCACAACGCAAGCGAAGCUUAGCUGCUAACGCGAGGAAUGACAUUAAACCAUGAAAUAGCUUAUUCACUGCGUAAAGUGUUAUUUGUCGUUAACCAUUCGCAUUAUUCAACAGCCUUAAAAAGAAUUUAGAAGUACUUGUGAAUCAUCUUGAUAUAGCUAAUGUUGUUUUCUAAUUCUCCAGUAACAGCUUCAACGUGCAAAGAGAUUUAUAAAAAGAGCAUGUAAGUACAAAAGAUAGAAGAAACACCAUUUCACCACUGUUUAUUUACACGUAUUCAUUUGCAAACACAAAGUUUCCAACUUCCGCAAACUGAACUACUGCCAAAAUAUCAGGUUUUUUACUCACGAAUNAGAAUUGCUUACACAAAGAAAAUUAUCCUCCGUUCAGAAAAACAGUUUCUUGCUUGACUACAGGCAGAAUAAUGAAAUGAAGUAUACAAAAGUAAGUCUCGAAAAAUUUCUUAGUUUAUUUUCUUUUUGGCCGAUUGCCAUUUAGAGCACAACGCAAGCGAAGCUUAGCUGCUAACGCGAGGAAUGACAUUAAACCAUGAAAUAGCUUAUUCACUGCGUAAAGUGUUAUUUGUCGUUAACCAUUCGCAUUAUUCAACAGCCUUAAAAAGAAUUUAGAAGUACUUGUGAAUCAUCUUGAUAUAGCUAAUGUUGUUUUCUAAUUCUCCAGUAACAGCUUCAACGUGCAAAGAGAUUUAUAAAAAGAGCAUGUAAGUACAAAAGAUAGAAGAAACACCAUUUCACCACUGUUUAUUUACACGUAUUCAUUUGCAAACACAAAGUUUCCAACUUCCGCAAACUGAACUACUGCCAAAAUAUCAGGUUUUUUACUCACGAAUCCAUCAUACCUUCAAGACAAUGAUGUUCUCAAGGCGUAGAAGAGAAGAUAAAAAACAAAGAGGACAAAAUGAUCAGAUUUUUACUAAAUCUUGGAACAUAUUCACGACUUUAGACUUCAAGGUCGCAAAAAAAAAAAAACACAUUUGUUCUCAGUGAGUGAUGAUAAAAUUGAAAAUAUAAAUAACAAAAAUCGGUUUGCCAAUAUUGAAAAUAAUAAGUAAAGAUAUCGAUCACUAUUUCAAUGGGAAAAUAUAUCACAGAUAUAAAAAAAUUCCAUAACGUUGGAAACGUUCUAGUUGAAAUAGACGUUUAAAUAAGCUAUUGGCAUAAGAUGACGGAGUACGCCGAGGACGUAAGCAACAGAUCAAGAAUCACAGCCCAGUCUUGGGUUAGUAAUAAAGUAAAAAAAUAUACUCUUACAGAAGGUCAAAGUCAGUAAUGACUGCGUAACUCUGUAUUAUUUGAGUAUCAAAUGUGUCAUAUGAAAAUUCGAGAAAGCUUUACAGAUAAUCCUAGGCUAUUUUAUUCAGGUUUUAAAAAAAAUUCUCCCUUCUGGCUCUCAAUAAAGAAACAAAUAUUGUGAUUUGAAGUAAAUUAAUGACGUUCUACGUUUAACCAGGUCCAAAGCAAACAAAGCGUACUUGCUGGACGUUGGAUCUACAAAGGUUCCCGUAUAUUGUCACAUGACCAGUCAUGGGCUUGAUGCAUGUGGAGGAGGUGGAUGGACGCUGGUCAUGAAGAUCGACGGCACAAAGGUAUUAAAAGUGUUCUUAGAAGUUUCAACGUUUGUCAUCACCUAGUUCCCAAUAUAAAGGUGAACUUACAAUGUAAGUUACGAGUCCACGUCAAAUGAAAGAAAGGGAAUCUAUUCCGUGUAGGUUUAAAGAGUUUUAGCUCAAUUUACUGUAAGUAGUAACAGACAAAGUAUGAAGAGAAUAAUAAGUGAGGACUUCGCAACAAGACCAGUGAAAACCAAGGCGAGACUGUAUCAUAUUUCUCAAACAGAUAAAACAGCAAAGUGAUAGUACUCUAUAUAAAAGAGUUAACUGAUUUUUUUUCCAGACAACAUUUCACUACAAUUCUAAACUAUGGAACAACAAAGUCGACUUCAACCUUCCAGGAGGGAAGACUGGGUUGGACACUCACGAGACCAAGUUACCGACUUAUUGGAACACACCGUUUAACAAGAUCUGUCUUGGAAUGAAGAUCGGUCAGCAGUUCAAGUCUGUUGUCAUCAAUCAUCAAGCCAGAUCCCUGUAUUCACUGAUCGCAGAUGGUAAAUAUCGAGCUACUUCACUGGGCCGUAACACGUGGAAGAAGCUCAUUGGGCCUCGCGCCUCUUUACAACCCAACUGUAACAAGGAAGGAUUCAACGCUCUAUGCACCGAUAGCAACCACUCCAAAGCGAGAAUUGGUAUCGUUGGUAACAACCAAAAUGUCUGUAGCAGUUGCGACUCCAGGAUCGGGUUUGACACUGGAGGGCUCUUUGAUGACUACAACACCUGUGGCAACCAAGCUACUCACGGUGGAGAUAAUGGCGACCAGCACAUCAAAGCGAUGGGAUACAUCUUGGUUCAAUAA